AUGGCCGACAAGCAGGGCGCGUAUGGGAACAAAGCUGCAGACACCGACUUCCGACGAAAAUGGGAUAAGGAGGAGUAUGCGGAGAGGGCAAAGAAGAAGGAUGACGAAGAGAGAGACCGUAUGAAGGAGAAUGAAGAACGUAUGAAGCAAGGAAAGAAACCCUUGCGCGGGAAGAAACAGGAUCUCCCAAAACCUACAGAGCUCAUGAAACGUCGCGAACAUGACCUCGAGCUAGACAAGAAUUUGGGAAAGACGAUGGUUGUACAGAACCCUGGCGGACGUGGACCAGGGCAACCGGGAUUCUACUGUGACACCUGCAAUCGUACCUACAAAGACAGUGUAGGUUACUUGGACCACAUCAAUGGCCGAGCGCAUCUCCGUGCGCUGGGACAGACAACGCGCAUUGAGCGAUCAACCGUUCAGCAAGUUCGCGCGCGCAUUGCUUAUCUGCGCGAAAAGACGAAGGAAGCAUCCAAUGCGAAAGCCUUUGACUUUGAACAGCGACUCACCGAGAUUCGCGAUAAAGAACUUGCCGCUCGUGCAGAGAAGAAAGCUCAGAAGAAAGCUGAGCGAGACAAGGCGCGCCUCGAGCUCGCGCAGGAUACAACAAUGAAUCAAGACGGCGACAAUAUGAUGUCCAUGAUGGGCUUCAGCGGGUUCGGCACAUCGAAGAAAUGA